AGCAGACUUCGCAGCUUCCUGACUCCGCUGGAUGUGCGUGAGACGGGACCUGCGGAUUUAUUGCGGGCCGCUGCGUUAACUGCCGCGGCCGCGCUCGGCCGAGCCCUUGCGCAGGUCCCGCCCGCCCCGCGGCGUGACGCAUCUGCACGAGAUGGGGAACGCGGAGGCGCCCCCGGGCCGGUCUGACAGCGGCUGCUGCCGGAGCGGGCUCUGCCGGCCCCGACCGCUCACGGUGCCUGAGGAACGCCCCAGCUGCCGCCUACCUGCGACACAGGCCGCCGCAAGCGCUUAGCUCCUCGGCAGCACCGCAGCCACCCACAGAGCCCCACCAGCGGCUGCAGUGCGCAGACGCAGAGGUCGCCGCCCGUUCCUCGGCGCCUGCGCGGUGUUGGAGCGGCGGCGAUGAAGGUGGCGGUGGCGGGGUGCUGCCAUGGCGCCCUGGAGAAGAUGUACGAGACGCUGGAGCUGCUACAGCGGCGGCACAACGUGCGGCCCGACCUGCUGCUCUGCUGUGGAGACUUUCAGGCCGUGCGGAACGAGGCAGACUUACGCUGUAUGGCCGUGCCUCCCAAGUACCGCCACAUGGAGUCCUUCUACCGGUACUACUCUGGCGAGAAGAAAGCCCCAGUCCUCACAGUGUUCAUCGGCGGGAACCAUGAGGCGUCCAACCACCUGCAGGAGCUACCCUACGGAGGGUGGGUGGCUCCCAACAUCUACUAUCUCGGUUACGCGGGCGUGGUGCGGUUCCGCGGCGUGAGGAUCGGCGGCAUCUCGGGCAUCUUCAAGUCUCACGACUACCGAAAAGGCCACUUUGAGUGUCCACCAUACAACCAGCAAACAAUUAGAAGCGCUUACCAUGUGAGGAAUAUUGAAGUCUUCAAACUCAAGCAGUUAAAGCAACCGAUUGAUAUCUUUAUGUCACAUGAUUGGCCAAGGAGCAUAUAUCACUAUGGAAACAAGAAGCAGCUUCUGAAAAUGAAAUCCUUCUUCCGUCAAGAAGUGGAGAGCAACACCUUAGGAAGUCCUGCUGCUUCAGAGCUUCUGCACCAUCUGAAACCCUCCUACUGGUUCUCGGCACAUCUUCACGUUAAAUUUGCAGCUUUCAUGCAACACCAGGCAAACUCCAAAGAAGAACCACCAAAAGCAACAAAGUUUUUGGCUCUGGAUAAAUGCUUGCCACACAGAGACUUCCUGCAGAUAGUAGACAUAGAGCAUGAUCCUACUGCAGGUGACUCACUGGAAUAUGAUGCUGAGUGGAUUGCAGUUCUCAAGGCCACCAACAGCCUUGUUAAUGUGACUCAAAGCUCCUGGAAUAUGCCUGAGAAGAAUGGCCUCCAUGCAAGGUGGGAUUACAGUGCAACAGAAGAAGCCAUCAAAGAAGUGCUAGAAGAGCUGAAUCAUAACCUCCAGAUCCCUUGUAACUUCACCUUAACAGCUGCUUGUUAUGAUCCCAGCAAGCCCCAAAAACAUAUGCAACCAGUUCAUACCAUCAAUCCUCAGACCACUGAAUUUUGUGCCCAGUUUGGCCUCACUGACAUAAAUACAAGGAUCCAGCAAGCUAAAGAGGAGGGCUCAGUACGAGGUGAUUAUGAAGAGGAUGAGGAAGAAGAGGAGAUGGACAGUACUGGGUCAGCUGAGGAACCCAGUGAUUAUAAUACAGAUAACUCUGGCCUAUCAUCCAUUAAUCCAGAUGAAAUAUUGCUGGAUGAGGAAGGUGAUGAUGAAGACUUGAGUACAUGUUCUGUAGAUCCUUCCCCUGAUCACCCUCCUGAAUUGUCAGCGAGUUUUUCUGACGUCCGGAUCAUGCCAGAUUCCAUGGUGGUGUCAUCUGAUGAUGCCAUGGAUUCCACUAACGAGGAAUUGGAGAGAUCUGCUGAGAGGAAGCAGGUGGAAGAGAAGAGCUUAGAGAGACCAUUAAAGCGCACGAGUGGUAAUGAAAAUGGAAACACUGGCAUUAAAAUUAAGAGAAGGAACCAAGCUAUCUAUGCUGCAGAGGAUGAAGAUAAACCAGAGUGAUACUUCAUGUCACAUGUAUAUAUAAGUGCUCUCUCUGUCUUUUUAGGAGAAGGUGCUGAGAACUGUGGUGGACUGCUCAUGCUUUUAAUGUUCCUAUUCUUGUUAUUUUCUUAAGCUGAAGAGGCUGUAUGCUCCUAUUAUUGGGAGGAAGGGUUAUUUGGAUUGAAUAUCAAAGUCAUAAGUAGACUUUUCCAGCAAAGUACUUUGUCAAAGCAUUUAAAGUUCAUAUAUAAUCAGUUAUUUUGUUUCAGUUCUUGGUUAUUAGAGUACACUGCAUAUCAAAGGCUGUGCUGCUAGACAAUAUUCACCCUUCUUGUUUAACAAAAGAACUCCUGAACUGUCAUCCAAGUCAAAGGGAGAGGAUGGCUGUCUUAAAAAGACCAAAUGAUUUGAUUUGAUUGCCUUUGUCUUGUUUUAUACUAAGCUUUUAAUACAAAGUAGCAUAUGCAAUAACUCUGAACUAAAAUUGAAAAUAGAAUUCCCAUGGAAACAAAAGAGCAAUGGAAAAAAAAAACUGUUUCUGGUGAUGUUUGUGCCAUAGAAAAACUUCAUGGUCAUAGACAGAACAAUGUGUAUUGUCCAGUGCUGUCUUUUAUUCAUAGUUUUGAUAGGGAACCAAAUCUCUUCAUCUGAAUUGUGACAGUUUUGUGGGCCCCUUGUUAAAAUCUCUCUUCUUAAAAUCUCAUUUGUGCACUCUUCCCUAAAAUUCAAGAACUGCAUCUUAAAUUUUAAAAGUGCAAGUAGUUAGGAUGAACAAAUUUCUAAAUGUGGAUAUCAUCAGUAGGCAGUUCUGUGUUUCCAUAUGAGGUGGUUGAUGUCUAUAGGUUGCUUGAGACAUUAAUGCUUACUGUUAUGAUUAGGCUAAGUUUUCAUCUGUCACUUGUCAGUAGUCUGUAACUUGCUGAAUUAUUAUAGCUGGAUUUGGAAACUUACAAGGUGGCUUCAGCUUAAGUUUAGCUGAAGUGGAACAGGAGUUGCUAGAAUAUAGAUCCUCCUGGGAGUUUUCUUGUUACUGUUUAAGUUUGCCCUGAAGUAUUAGCAAAGAAAUUAGAUUGUUUUUGGCCUGAAAGGCUGUGAGGGCAGCAAAACUCUGAGUGUUCUCAAGAGCUGUAGAAUAUGCCAUUAGGUUCCUCAGUCUUACAGUCAAGUUGUGUUGGUAUUCUGAGCUGAACUUCAUGAGUCUAGAUGAAGUGGGACAUCUCAUUGUUGGGCUUUAGGAGCAGAGGUAACAUGUGUGUGCUUUUACUCCUCUACAUCACAGGUACUGUAAAGAAAAAAGUGUCCUGACAGGAAGAAGGUACUGGAGCAAUGAGUGAGAUGGAUUGGUGUUUGUGGGUUAUGUAGCAGGGAAACACUUAUAAGGUCAAGAUUUUGUCUUCAAAGAUGAAUUCCAGAAUGUGGAAUUGAUUUUGUUCCUCUCAGCAGUUCACUAUGAAAGCUAAGUGCAUGUAAGUAUGCAAAAGGUAGAAAUGGCAAAAAUAGUACUCUCCACAGUUCUGAUUAACAGCUUUGUAUUUGUGAGUUGAUGCCAUUAACAUCUGGGUUUGUUUGCUUUUUUUCCCCUGGAGGACACUGUCUUGUUUACUAAGUUAUUAGAUGGGCCUUCUUAAUAAUGCUUCUGUACCUCUCUGCUUGUUCAUCUGUUGGAACACCCAUCAGACAGGGCUGUGGUGUCAGGCAACGAAAAACUGGACAUGCUUGGUGUAAGCCUCAGGUUACCUAAAGUAGCUGUGAACUGUCAGCUAAAUUACUAGAGGUAGAUGAGUAUCUUGGACCCUUAGGUCCUGGCUCUGCAAUGCUAAUAUCUUAAGCAGGCAUCAUCAUCCAAAGGCUAUCAUGGAAACAAAGUAUUUUAAGUAUGAACUUUGUUAUGAACAUAAGUCUUGCAAGAAAUCUGAGUAUGGUAUUCAUCUGUCAAAUUCUACCUGAACUGGAGAUCUGUGGUACAUGUCAUGGACUUUUUUAGACUGACUUCAUAAGUUUUUAAAGCAUGUUUUUCUGUUGUGUGUCAUCCUUAAUUCUCCCCUUUCUGCUAAAUACAGUUUAGCUUUCUUGAAAGCUGGAGACUGAGAAGAUAGAAUACUGAUUAUUUUGUUUUGCUAGUCUUUAAGACUGUUUAUAUAAAGUAUUUUAGCACCCAUUGAUCAGAGUGCAGGUGGUAGAUAGUGAACAUUUUUUUUUCUGUCUUACCUAUAUAGUUACUGUGCCCUUUCUUGCAGUUACAUCUUUUUAGCAGUUUGAAGUGUCCAGCUCUGUGUUCUUGUACACUGUGGAUCUUUCCUGUCUGCAAGAUGCUCUGCUGCAUGUAGAAUUAAACUGAAGUUCUGAACUUGAAACUUUCCCACUAAAGGCCAAAUACUCCAAAAAGAACAUAAACCACUAGGGAAGGCUGACAAAGUUUGGUGAGUUAAGACCAAUCUUCAGUCCUUUUUAAAAAAGGAAGGUUUUAAGGUCUUUCUGAGAAGUUUUGACUUUUACUUUUUUUUAUUAAACACCUGUUAAAUGUGUUGGAUCCACAUACAAGUUAUAACUACAGGUUCUCUCAAUACACGAGACUUGUACGUAGGUAAAGGCAAAACAUUUUUAGACUACAAGCACUUGAGGAAAGUGUUUUGUUUCAUUCCAGGCCAGCACACAAGUACUUUGUUCAAAGCAUGUUCCUGAACAUUCUACUCAGAGGAAAACAAACUAAUGAGAAGGUUGUGGUGGAGUGCUGCUUUUUUUGUGUGUGUGUUUUUAUCUCUCUCUUUAAUUAAAGGUAUGAAAGUCAA